AAAAAUUACUAUCACCCGCCGAAUGCAUCAGACUCAUUCGUUUGGUCUCAACGUGCAGUUGUUGUGUGACGGUUGAAAUAUUGGAAUCUGCCGGAACUCGCGCUCGCGAGUAUUGUUGUGUUCUUCUCCGAUACGUAUCCAUUUCAAACGUUUUGUGAAUUUUUUUUUUGUGUGAAGUUCAAUGUUACCAUCUUCAGGAUGAUUGGAACUGAGGAAAUUACGCGUUAUAUCGACGAUGACAAAAUCAAAAUCAACCCAUCACACAACUACACUGCACCAUCGUCAAUACCGUUGACAGAAAAUGUCAACAUGACAGACACCAAGAGCUUAGCCAUCAACUACAACAACAAUUACCGUUUUAAAAGUACACAGGAAAAUAUGAGCAGUGUAUUCCCCAAGAAGACGGCAGUAGACUUGAAUUUUGAGGAUAUCACUUUCUACUCCACGUCAUGGUCCAUUACGAAGUUCAAGAAAGAACCAAAGGAAGCACCGGAACAGUAAAAUUAAACGAUGUCGUUCGAGACCAGAGCCCCCGGUAUAGAAAAUUAUCAGCUUAUAUUCCACAAGAUGAAGAACUUAGAAUGGCUUUGACAGCGAAGGAGGCCAUGACGUUUGCUGCUCACCUAAAACUAGGUUACCGUGUUUCUAACGAUUAUAAAUUCAAACAGAUUGCAGGGAUUCUGAAAAUGCUGGGUUUAGAAGAAUGCCAACAUACACUAACAGCACAAUUAUCUGGUGGACAAAGGAAACGGUUGGCCGUGGCACUGGAGCUACUUAGUAAUCCACCGAUAUUGUUUCUCGACGAACCAACAACGGGCCUGGACAGUUUGUCGUGUACUCAAUGCGUGUCUCUGUUCAAAAACCUCGCCUCAGAAGGAAGAACCGUAAUAGCCACUGUUCAUCAACCUUCAGCGUUAAUAUUCGAAAUGUUCGAUAAACUCUAUGCUCUCUCUGAAGGAAAAUGCAUAUAUGAUGGAAGGGUUAGCGAUGUAGUACCAUAUUUCGAAAAACUCAAUCUAAAAUGUCCCCCGUACCACAAUCCAGCUGAUUACUUAAUAGAAGUAUCAAUCGGAGAUCACAAUGCAAAUAUUAACAAAUUGGCAGAUAGUGUCAAAUCGUAUCAAUAUAAAAGUAUGGAAAGUGGUGAAAACGAUGACUUAAAAGGGAGAGAUCUCUUCGAGGAAAAAAAAGUAGGUCUCUAUUCCGACGAAACGAAAGCAGUGCCCGCAGCAAUCAUUAUGCAGUUUUUGUUAUUGUAUAAGAGGAAUCUGCUGAUAAUAAAGAGAUGUUACGGUCCAUCGCUGAACAGAGUAUUGGCCCACAUUGUUAUUGGUCUGAUCUUUGGCUAUUUGUAUAGAAACGUUGGAAGUGCCGCGGAUACAGUUUUAGCAAAUUAUGUAUAUUUGUAUGGUACUCUUUUACUCACAGUAUAUACUGGUAAAAUGCCCGUAACUUUAUCAUUUCCUCUAGAAAUGAAGAUACUCUCUAGAGAGCAUUUUAACCGUUGGUAUAAGCUAACUCCAUAUUUAUUGUCUGUGAUAUUAGUUGAAAUUCCUUUCCAAGUUAUAUGUACAUGGAUGUACAUAGCAGUAUCUUAUUGGUUAACGAACCAGCCAUUAGACUUUAGGUUAUUCUUGUUUGUCAUUUUUGUAACAGCGUGUUCUCUCUGUGGCCAAUCCAUGGGAUAUUUUAUAGGAGCCACAACACCAGUAAAGGUAGCUGUAUUCAUCGCCCCAGUGUUAGCCUGCUUCUUAUCAGUCUUCGGUUUUUGCAUCAGAGCAAUAGACACCUCUACCAUGUUCAAACCGAUCUUCUUCAUCAGUUACUUUAGAGCAGCAUUCCAAAGCGUCGUUUAUAGUAUUUACGGCUUUAACCGAGAGAUCUUGGUUUGCCCAAUAGAGGAGGAAUACUGUCAUUAUAAAGAUCCUCACAAGUUCCUCUCGGAAAUGGAUAUUUUAGAUGUAGAUUUAGUUUCAAAUUUUAUAUUGAUUGUUAUUGUUUGGUGUGUUAUGCAUGCUGUGACGUAUUUGACCUUAUGGUUGAGAUUAAAUAAGCGAUGAUUCUUUAACAUGCAAAAGAUUUGAUGAUAAACCACGCAGAAACUGUGAAACAACAAUCUUUAUUGUUAAAUUAUACGUAUUUUUUAUUAUAUACUUGAAAGCUGUUAUGUUUUUAUGUAUUGCGCAUAUUGUCUUUACUUAAAAUAAUGGUGUGUACAGAAUACAGAUUUUUCGUAUGCCCAGUCCAUUUACUCUACAGCGUAUUUCAAAUAUGUGAUGCAGUGUACAAUUAUAGGGCCAUACAACCCUAUGGGGCAAUUUUCUUGACAACAUUGUCGCUCUUCAGGGCAGUGGCUUCUCAAAGGCAGUAUUAGGCAGGUUCUUGUAGAUGAUUAGAUCAGAUACAGAUACAGAUCCGUCAAUCUGUUCACGAAAAAAUGAACUAUGAAAAUGAGCAUAAUUUUCUUAUGCCUCGCAGUGUAUAGUAGUAGAUACACGUUUUAGGUCACAGUAAAAUGCUAAGUUUAUUUUUCACUUUAUUUCUUUAUUAUUUGCUAGCUUCAUCUUGUGGCUGUGAUUUUGCAAAAAAAAGAACGACGAGCGUCGACAAACGAGUUAGUGAGUUAUUUUGUUUACAAUAACUUAUUAUCGGAAUACUAUAUUCAAUACAAUUGUUAAUUUACUGGAUCAAGAAGAUUAAGAAGUGUGUAUUUGCUACAAGAUGGUCCACAUAUCUACUCUCAAUGAAAUCUUCAUUUUAAUGUGCCUUCUCCAUUACUGAAGGUAAUUACUUUAUUACAUAACUACAGCAAAUUGCUCUCUAUUUUGAGCUGUUCUUAGUAUAUAAUGUAUGUCCUUGCCUGUUGAGUCUCUUACGUUCUUCGGACAAGAGUAUUUUCUUCUUCCUGGACCUCUUCUUCCCGUUUCUGUUUUUUUUUAAUAUUUAUGAGUUCUCUCUCAGUCCCCAUUCUUGUCAGCACCUUGUUGUUGGUCACGUGCUCUUCUGUCCAAGAGAUCUUUAACAUUCGUCGAACAACCCACAUCAUACGCCUCAUACUAGUAUGAUUCCGAAAGUCCAUGUUUCCACUUCGUGGAAUAACCAUUCGUAUGGAAUAACCAUUACACAUUGGUACAUAAUAUCAAACGAUAUGGUAGAGUUUAUUAGGAAUUUUUUCAUUGUUUGAAAAGCGGGCCUAGCAUACUCUGUACCUAUGAGUAUGCUUUGUAUGAAUUUCGACCUCAGGGCAAGAUCGCUUGUUAUCGAGAAAUCAAAAUACUGGAAUCUUUGUACGGGUUCUGUCUGUUUUUUAUAGAUAUGAAUAUUAAUGUCGGCAUGUUUGGUGUACCUACGUGAAAUUAAUAAUGAAAUACUUGUGGGAAAUAGCUGCAAAACCAUAUCUGAUGCUUUAUUUUUGAUAAGUAAUAGAUUUGAACCACCUAUAUAGUCCAGAACUCUAUAUAGUACCAAUCUAUACUACAAAAAAUGAUGUAGGUCCUAUUAUUACAAAACCAAAAAGUAUGAAUCUGUAGGUCAUCUGUAUUUAGUCGUUCGGAAUUGAAGUUUAACUGUAGAUGACACCAAAAGACAAAGACUUGGUGUAUGCCCAGUAAGAGAAUUUCAUAUGCCCUUCAUAAUUGUUAAACUCAGCUUUAUUUUUCAUAAUGUUUAAGCUCCAUGGAUGACUAAAAAUAUCAGAAUAUAUUUCAAUAAGGCUUGGUAUCUGACGAGGUCUUUUAUACAUCCUGUUGUGCACUUUUUAAAUUUAGUGAAUUUUGAUUUUUUUCUGAAUUAAUAUUGAUAUUUUACUGAUAUUUACUGAUGUAUUGGCUGAUAACUUAUUUUGUAAAAAUUUAUUUUGCAAUUCCAAAGCUUAAGAUUAUGUGUAAAAGAUAAUAUUAUUUUAUCGAGGAAGAGAAAAAAACUACUGACAAUAUGACAGAAGAUCUAUAUGCAAAUUUAAACUAGAAAAAAUUACCAAUAAGGACACCAAAAAAAAAAGAAAAGAAAUAGCUCGUUCAUGGCUCGGAAGAGAAGGCACUGUGACAAGGACACACCAGGCGGCGCACGUCGAUUCGACGUCGAGGCAGCUUAAAACACAUGGCGCGGUGUAACAGCGGCAGCUAUGCUACGAUUUAAAGUAUUUGUAUUUCGUUGUUGCCAAAUUUAGUCGCGUGUUGGCUGCUGUACGACACGAUGUCUGAAAGUUAUGACGAUUUGUCUUUUGUAAUAAAUACAAGUUUACUUUAUCUUAGAUUACAGAAAAAAAGAAACGCAGAUAUUGGAUACAUCCUAUCAUAAAGGGACGAAAGUAUAAGGGAUUUUUUACACAUUAUAUAACGAAAUUAAUGUAAUAAAAGGCCCAGAGAAGUUUUUUAAUUUUACAAGAAUGUCUAAAAAAUCUUUUCAGGAGUUAUUAGUAAGUAUUAAAGAGUAAUGUUCAAGAAAUAACACCGUUAUGAGGGAAAGCAUAUCACAUAGGAAAAACUAUUUAUAACUCUAAGAGGCUGUCAACCCAUUAAUUGGGAAAUAGUGAUCUUUCACAAAUUAAUAUUAACAAAAAAAUUAUUCAAAAUAAAGUCAAAGUACGUAUCGAGAAAGACGAAAACCAGAAUAUACAAAACCUUAAUAAGAGCAACAGUCACCUACGGAUGUGAGACAUGGGUGCUAAAUAAAACAGAAGAAAUGAUAGAGAGUUGAGAACGGAACGUACUUAGAGCUGUUUUUAGGGGAAAGAAGAAAGAAUACAGAUACAGAAGACGGCUGGCAUAGAAGCACCAAUCAAGAAUUAAGGAUGCUUUACAAGGGACCAAGUAUAAUAAUGAUACACAAAGUCAUAAAGAAUCAGGUGGGCAGGUCAUGUCGAGGGGAUGGAUACGGAAAGAAUGUCAAAGAUGGUACUGCUAAGAAGACCAGUUGGGACUAGGAGACGAGGUAGACCAAGAAAAAGACUGCAAGAAAGUUUCAGGAAUAUAAUAGUAUCAAUGGAAAUUAUAGACUGGAAAGAGAAGGCGAAAAAUAGGAGAACCAUAGUUCAGCAAUGUUUACAUGAUAUACAUCAAAUAAAAUUAUAUAAUAAGUUAGUAGUAUAAACUGUAUUAUGUAAAAUUGUAAAUACAAGGCCUGUAGAGCAUAAUAAAUAAGGUAAGAUAACUGUUUAUUAUCUUUAUUUUUAUGGAGUCAAUAAUUUUAUUUUUAUUAAAGUCAAUCCUUCUGACAGAUAACUUAAGUCAAUUCCAACUGGUCAAUGGUUACAGAUUUGAUAAUUCUGUUUGACUGUUUGUGAAAUUAGUUUCAAAGAGUUUGAAAAAUAAUUUAUUUAGUAGAUUACUUUUUUUUCAGAUAAAAAUGUACCUAAUUAAGUCGCCCUUUAAGCUAUAAGAUAAAAAAAAAUAAGAAUACGAUGAGUCCCAUAUAAAAAUAAUUUGAUAUGGGCGUAAAGAAUUCAAGUAAAAAUAUAGUUCGAGUCUGUAAUUUCCAUCAUUAAACAAGAUUUGGCAACACCCACAACAAGAAACGCCAAAGAACCGCUCAAUCGUCUGUGUUGCACCACGAUACACGCAUUUAUGAUAUGCCGUCGAAGUCAUAAAACCGAUUGGCGGUGGAUGGGUUCCAGGAUAUGUCGCCAGAGAACCGCUGCAUCGAAAAUUUUAAGAGCGUCUGGUGUGUGUCACAGCAUCAAAAUAUAGUAAGGGAUGCGUCGCUAUCGACAUCUCAGCGGGGGUUCAGUCGACGUACGCCGCCCCGUCUGUGUUACCUCUUAUUAACUGCUUCCUUUAAGCCGCGUCUCCAUUUCGCGAGGCUGCCGGGCGCGGCAUGUUCGUUGCCGUUGCUGCGGAAAGUGUAUACCACACUGUUACGUGCGGCAAAGCGAUAAAGCCUCGUGCCAAAUGCCAAGUUUGCUUCGCGAGCCAGGCCGCGUGCGGCCACCUCGCGAAAUAGCUACGCGGCUUUAGAGUGCUGUAUCCGCUUAGUGCAGGUUUUUAUGAAUAUUACUAUCUUUGGUUUAUAAUCCGCGAUGUUCGUCUAACUGGAUUUCUUUUUUCUUUCUGAAUUUUGUUUCAUAAAUGUUGUUUUGUAAAAGUAAUCAGUUUGACUCGUUUAUAUGCCUUAUUAAACAUGCGAAAUACGUUACUGUUCACAUUUUAAUGAUUCUACUAUUUAUAUUUACCUUUCUUUAUUCUUCGUUAACAGUCUCGUUAUUCAGUCAGUGAUCCAUCCAACUAAUGUGCAAUAUUCUCCUGUAAAGUCACAUUUUGAAAGCUUUGAGUUUUGCAAUCAUGGAAUCUACUCCUAACAGCAGAAUGGAAAUCACUUCAGUAUUUUGAUCUUUAGAUCCACAUUGAUGUAUAUGUUACAUUAAACUCCGAAUUCGGACAAUGCCCGAAAUUUUUACUCACUUCGCGAUGUGGACAAUGUGAAUUAUCCACGUCUCGGAGUGAGCAUUUUAUUCGGACAUUGGCCGAAGCGAAAUACCCAGAACAUGUUGUGGGUAAACGAAAGUACUCAAUUGUCGAAAUAAACACGUUCAACGGAAAUUGAGCAAAACCAUAAUACCCAUAACCCGACGUGGGUAAUAUAUUUUACACACGUCGGGUUGUAUGUAUUUGAAAUUUGCGCAAACUCCGAAAAGCUUCCAAACACAAACAUACCCUACGUUAAUUUCAUAAUAACAAGUAAAAUAAAAUCAAAUUUUCCUUGAAAUUCAAUUUAUUUUAAAUAAAACAAAAAAGGACAAAAAAAUAAAUAUUAAAAUACAUGUCCGUAUAGAAGCAAUGAUGUCAUCCGGGUCCAAACAAGAUUUCAUUGGAUGUGGAUGCAAGAAGAACUGUUCGAGCAAAUCUUGCAAAUGUGUAAAAUCAAACUUAAAAUGCAAUUCCAAAUGUCACUGUAGCACUUCUUGUGCUAACAAAUAAAGUGAAUAUUUUCUGAAAAGAACUGUAAUAUACAUUGAAAGUGGUACCUACAUGUAUUAAAAAGACCUAGGUACAUGUAAUGAAAACGUUUAAUUAUUUUUUUUCUAUUUUCAAUAAUAAGAUACUUGUUGUAUUUUACUGAAUUUCAAGAAAAAUUUGAUUUUAUUUUACUUUUUAUUAUGUAAUUAGUGUAGGGUAUGAUUGUGUUUGGAAGCUUUUCGGCAUUUGCGCAAAUUAUUAAUACCUACAACCCGACGCGACGUGGGUAAAAUAGAUUACCCACGUCGAGUUAUUAUGGUUUGCUUAAUCUCCAGUGAACGUGUUUAUUUCGGCAAUUGAGUGCUUUCGUUUACCCAUAACGCGUUCUAGUUAUUUUGCUUCGACCAAUGUCCGAAUAAAAUGAUCACUCCGCGACGCGCGACGUAGGUAAUUCACGUUGUCCACAUCGCGAAGUGAGUAAUAAUUUCGUGCAUUAUCCGAAUUCGGAGUUUGAGCGUAACAUAUAGGUACAAUAAGAAUUCUCUUAUAAUUAAAGAGUCGUUCUUUUUUGUAUAACGUGAUAAUUUUCUAAAUAAAAUGUUAGUUAUUUUGUAUAAAAUUUUCUAAAUAAAAUGUUAGUUAUUUUGUAGCAAAGGUAAGCUACUACUUUGGAAAUUUAUUGAAGUGGUUGACCGUUAUUCUUUACUUCACCAUCGAUUCUUUGAUGUUAAAUAUUACUUAGUUUCCAUUCUAAUGUGUGUGUCCCUCCAUAUUGUAUUGUUUAGAUAUUCUGCUGCUUCAUUGACUUUCUGUAUUGGUUCUUUUUUACCUCUUCUUCUACAUCACCGUAACUUGAUACUGUGAUGCCUAAAUAGUUAAUUUCUGUAAUCUGUUCAAUGCUGGAUCCGUUAAUUUCUAUUUUUUUUUAUCUGUUUAAUCCUUUGCUGAUUCCGUACAGCUAUAUGAGCAGUUUCUGUUGAUAUAAUCAUCAAAGGAAUACAUUUUUAGUACCAUGAAAGAAUAACCAAAGAAUAUGACACUUGCUCUAUUAAAUCCUAAUAAAGAGAAAAAGAAACACCAAACAAUAACAUAAAAAACAAAUUUAUUCAAUAAAUUUAAACUGAAACUUUAAUAAUGUUAUUUGAUUUUUAAUAUUGCCACAUGUACAUAAUAUUUAAUAUUUUAUUUAUAGUAGGUAUUGGAACUUAUCUCUCUUCUCUAUUUUGCGCCUUUUUAUUUUUUAUACAUCUUUAAUUUUAUUAAGGAAAGUUAUAUUCCAUGGAAAAUUUCUUAGUAUUACUAUUAUUUUUUUUUUGUUACCUCUUUGGCUGUUUGGCUGUUUUUUAAAUUUUAAUAUCAAUAAACAACAAAAUUGUUACCCAGUUAUGUAUAGCUGUUAUUAUUAUUAUGUCACGAGUGUUUAUAAAUAAGUACAUAAUAUUGUAUUUUUCUGUAAACGAAAGACUUAAAACCGAUAGAAAAAAAAUAAUGGAUUUUGUGGUGAUAGUAAGAUAGUUCAAUGUUGUUUUAAUCUUAAAAUAAUUAGCUAGCUGUUAACUAUAUUACUUGUAUUGCCUAUUUUUGUUAAAACAUAGUAGUAAAUUUACCGAUAUUAACUGAAAAUUGUGUAAACAUAUUUUUUUUUAAUUUCAUAAAUAUUUGUUAAAACAAGAAAACAUCAAUUUAAAGUAUUAGGUAUGUAAGUAUUUUAUUGUUUGAGAAUGGCUUAUACUUAAUAUAUUUAUAAGAAAAUAA